AUGUCUGAUCUCAAAUCGAAAGGAGGAGCGACGAUCGAGGAGGGGGAUACAGUCAGCACGCCCGUCGAAAAAAUCAUCACCAGCAGCGACGCACAGGACGCGCAAAAGGAGCUGCAAACCGCCAAGGGCGCCGGGCACCCACCCGCCGUCGUGUUCACGGACCAGAACGGCAAGAAGGUCGCGCACAAGCCGGGCACGGUGACGGAUCUGGAUAAGGAGGGUUGA